AGCUCAUUUUUUAAACAUGUCUCUCCUAAGGAACCUAAUUGUACUAUUUCUAGUACUAUUUCUACAGAACACCCUCUUUACCACUGGAACAUUUACAACAUCCCAGCGUCCAUCACAAGGCCUAAGACGAGAAGUGAAACGUUCUUGGGGUCCGGGCGGAGGCCCUUGGGGUCCUCCCGGAGGAGGUCCAGGAGGACCCUGGGGCCCGGGAGGUCCCGGAGGUCCUGGUGGUGGAGGCCCAUGGGGACAGCAACAGGGAGGUGACGGACAGUCGGGCGGUGGAAAUUCCUGGGGACAAGGAGGUGGAGGAUCUUCGGGAGGCGGUAACUCGUGGGGGCAACAAGGGGGAGGAGGAGGAGGAGGACAGUGGGGUGGUCCCAUGAACAGUACGACCACCACUACCGUCGCCUCGGUUACUCCCAAUAUGACCCAGGCGGGAGGAGGUUUUGGGGGUCCACCACCACCGCCGUUUAUUGGAGGGUCAAACACUGGAUAAAAGACCAUUUUAAAUUGAGAUAAAGCGCUUCUUUUUGUACUUUUUUAUAUAAAUAAAUUGUGAUUUUUUUU